AUGAAAGACAGAAAGAGAGAGGGAGAGAGAGAGAAGCAGUGAGGAGAGCAGACGCCACCUUAAGUAUUUCUGAUCGAAUUCCAAAUGGCUGGUUCGUCGUCCGGUCGGACGGUCGGUAAGAAUUCAAACCAUGACGAGCAAAUGGACAAGAGCGUGCGUCGUUUCGAUCGUGAAACACAGGCGCACACGCAGAGGGGGUACACACGAGGGAGGACCACGGCUUCUGGCUGCGCGAGGGACAGAGAAAGACACAGGGACAGGCAAAAUAAGCAACGGUGAAAAUCGCCGCGCAAAAAGCCGACCGUCAUCCGCGCGCAUAAGCUUCCUCGGGGCUAAUCAGUUCGCGGGUCGAUCGAUGAACUCUCUCUCUUCUGUCGGUACACACGCCUUUUUCCUCCUUCUUCUUUUUUCUUUUCCUUUCUUGUUUUCUUCCGUUGCUUUUCUCGACUCUCGAUCGUUGAUAGCUUCGUGGUCGGUGGUACACGUCGCCGAUAGUUCUUACGUAAUUUUACUAGCUCAGUCCUUCGGCAAAGAUCAAAGACACACACACACACACACACACGCGCGGUUGAUAGGAUUAUUUAUAGGCGUUUCGUUGGACGCAUUAAUUCAUCGUAAUGCAACGCUCUUUUGAGAUUCUUUGAGAAAGGAUCGAGGAAUCGGAUGGUUGAUCCGGCUAUCUAGCGGAAGAGGCAUCGGCACUUCGCGAUCCGGUCGAACGAAAUGCGUUUCUUUGGACCAGGAGAGUAGAUUGCCAAGUGAAUAUAUCUUUGAAAGAUAUUCCUAUCUUUUAUUGAUAGCGAGGGGAAAGCCUUUUGAUUCUUCCGUCAGGCGUUUCCUUUUUUUUCUUUUCUUUUCUUCUUUUUGGUCUAGAUAAGCAGAACUUCUUGCAAGUAGACUGCGGAUAUUUAUGUAAAUUGUAAUUCUUCACGAGUGGAAGGAAUAGAAUAGAAUUGGAACAGUGUUUGUUUCACUUGCUGAAUAUUGUAACUUAUUUUAUGUAAGGUUUAUGUAUUAUGUGCAUUUUAUGUAUUUUUGGAGUAUGUAUGUAUUCUUCAAAUCCGUAAAAAUCCGCAAUUUACUUUUGUAAGGGAAGGAAAUUAUUACUUAAUUAUUUAAGUAUUAUUUUUGUAAUACAAUAUUGUAACACAGGAAUAAAAUAAUGAAGCAGCAAGCUUCAGAAAUAAAAUUUUCAAAAUGUGAAUAUAUAAUAUGGAGGGUUAACUGAUAUAUAUACACGUACAUAGAGGAUUAAUUGAAGUUAAUUAUUAUUCGUCCUAAAUUUUCGCACAUUUUUCAUAUUAUCAUAGAUUGACAGACGUGCGCUAUCUCAGAAAUUACUUGUUAGCUUAAUUUGAAAAUUUCUUACGACUCGUCACAAGCCGUCAAUUGAUACCAAAUUUGAGUUCCAAACUCGAGAGAUUAAAAACAAAUAAUUACAUAUUUUGAGACACUCUUUUCUCAGACGCGAAGCAAAUAGCAUUUUCCCUCGGAUAGAUGGAAACACGAGCUCCCAGUUCGAAUAUUAAUGACGGCCAUAGGUCUCCUCGGAUCGCAGCUAGGGUGACAAGGGAUGCAGCGUCUGUUCUUCCAUUUGGAAGAUCAAUUUUGCAUAGGUCGUAAAGGGUAGGAAAUUGCUUUUCAUGAGAAUGUAACGGGGAUCGUAUAUCAAGCAAAACUCUCGGCUUCGUCGAACCUUGUUUCUCACUGUCAGCAACGAUUCGUUCGUUGAACGUCACUGAAUAGUCAAUUCCUUGACACGAUAUCAAAUUUCGUUUAAAAAGCUAGGCAUCUGUAUUUCACGUGUAAUUAAUUGGUAUCAUUGUUUCGUAGUGUAAUUUCAGUUGUACACGUAUAAUAAUGGCAUACUGAGAAACUACAAUACAUUUCAUUGUCGUGGAUGUUGUAUUUAUUUCCCUUCUCAUUUACACAUACAUAUAGCCUUCUCCGUAUCUGAGGUCCAUUUUCUGUUUAUAAAGUUGAAAUUGUCUUCACAAAGAUUGUUAUUUUUAUUGUGCACUUUUGAUCAAAUCAUGAUAUUCAAGUUAAAUAUAUUUAUAUUAAAUUCAAAUCCAAUCCUUGGUCUUUGUACUAUAUGUAAAAAAAAAGAAAUACUCCAAAAUUAGUAGUUAUCUCUUACGUUGUACACAACAAAUAUAAUAUAACAUCAACGACAUUUAAAAAGAGAAGAGAUUCGUUUUAUUUAUAUAUUUUAUAAUAAUAAUAUUAACCAUUGUUACAAGUACCCUCCAUUACAUAUUACAUGCAAGUAGCUGAUCGUAAAUAGUUUCCAUGAAAAUUUUUAGAUACUAUAAUAUUUUGUAUCAUAUUAGGAAUCCAACAACAAUAAUAUUUCACAAUUAUAUCAAGUAUUUCAUGUUGGGUUGCGUUCGCUCAGCGAGGCCUGGAAAUACAAAUUCUUAAUUCUUAAUAUUUCUCUGCGUGCGCGUGUGCCUUUUGUUACCAAAGAUUUGCUACGAAAAUUAUGGGCCGUGGUGUAAAACGUUGGUGGCCGAACGGAGGAGCAAACGGUUGAACGCCAUUUUGUGUCUCAUCGGCUUGUAACGGCCGGCACAAAGCGCAUCGCGUGCAAGCUAAUGAGAGUAAUCACUUAAUAAAGGCGGCCGGGCAUCGCGUGACGCUCUACACGCGCAUAACCGAGAAUCAAUAUUUGAUUUUCAGGUUUCUCUCCUCGCGUCGUUCGCCUUUUUCUUCCAUCCGGUGAACAACACGCGAAAACAGGCCGAUACUUCUUCCCGUUCUUCUUUUUCUUUCGCUCUUUCUUUCUUUCCUUCUUUCUCCUUUCUCUCGAAUAGACACCACUUUACGAGAAAUAACACGCAUUUUACUGCUCGCCUGAGAAAUUGAUCGUUCCUUCUCUGUUUCAGACAGCCGCCAUCGUCUGAUGAAUGCAUCGACGGGUUUGGUCACGCUCAUCCCGCUAGUUUCCAUCGAACACCGACUAAUGGAGACCCUUGUCAGCCAAUUCGUCAGAAUUCAACGAACGAAAAAAAAGAAAAAAGAAAAAGAAGAAAAGAGCAAAAUUCUAUAGAAAACCUUCAACCUGGCCAGACUAAACAAGCAAGCCUGAAUUUGUCGCCAGCCCUCGAAGAAUGGACCGCGAGGAAGAGGGAUGGAUGCACGGGUGUGUCUGCUGUUUCUCAAGCCUCCGCUAUCUCGUCGACUUUUCGGUGUCUGAACGCCACCAAAAAUGACGAAUACGACGAAGAAGAGGAUGGUUUCUGGUGGGUGAUAGCACGGCCAAAAUUACCGCGUUCUCAGUAA